AGGAGAUCUAUCCUUCCAAUUUGAAAGCUUUACUUAGGAAAUCAUGGGUGCCGUUGUGGGCACCUCUAUUCUCCUUUUCUUGCAAUUUUUCUCCCUUGUUCAUGGAACUUUUGCCCGGGGACCUCCUCCAGACAUAUGGCCAAAGGCUCUCCUGAAAUAUUUGAGCUCAGGGGACAAUAUUACCAUUUAUGUUCCGGCUCUUUAUGUUUUUGGUGAUGCAACUGUCGAUGCUGGAAAUAGUCCACAUUUAAAUCCAAAUAAAAUAGGUGAAUUAAUCCCAUAUGGACAAAAUCUUCCUGGAAUACCUAAGGGACGUGUUACCAACGGAAGGACCAUAGUAGACUUCAUUGCUCAAUUGGUUGGCUUGCCAUUCCCUCCUCCAGCAUUAGGCAUGUCCGAUGCAGAGAAGCAGAACACUAAAACUGGGAUCAAUUAUGCUUCUCAAUCCUCUUCCAUUAAUUCUUAUGUGCCCCGUGGCGUGGAGGCAUCGGUGGGUAAGUCAUUGUGUUUCGACCAACAAAUAGGCUUGUUCGAGAACACAAUUCAAGACCUAAAGACACAAUUUAGAAGCAACGAAGACUAUUCGCAGUAUAUGUCUAAAUCGCUCUUCUUUAUCAACAUCGGAAGCGAUGACUUUGCUCUAGCCUGGGAUAUGGAAUUCAACCGUAACAACACUCCCGAUGCCUAUGCUCGUUCCAUUUCGAACAUGACACGGAGACAAUUACGGAGAUUAUAUCGGCUUGGAGCGCGAAAAUUUGUUGUGAACAAUGUUCCCCCCUUGGGGUGUCAACCAUUCAAUCUUUAUAGGAAGCAUGUCACCACAGGUUGUGUUGAGGACAUAAAUGAGUUAGUGUCUACUUAUAACAAACUUCUUGCGGAUUUACUCGCAAAGCUGCAAUCCACACUUCCAGAAUCGAAGUUCGUUCUUGCUGAUGCCUAUAAGGUGUUUGAAGAUGCAAUCGCCUUUCCUAAAUCGUAUGGAUUUACUACUGCAAAGGAUGCAUGUUGUUCCGCGCCGAUACCUGAGCCUUCUAUGCUAGUGUGCAAUGCCUCGACGCCAGUAUGCGAAGAGCAAAAUGCACGUCUCUAUUUCGAUCCUUCCCAUCCAAGUGAGCGCAUGCAUUUCGUAUGGGCAAGUCGUUUAUUGAUUGAUUCCUCUGUUUGUUCACCGCUCAACUUGCUCCAAUUAAUGCAAGCUUAGACAACAUAAGUGAGCAUACAUAAAUAAAGAUCAUGUAGAUCUCACCUUAUGUAUUCAAUUUUCAAGAAAUUAAGGGAGAAAAAUGUAUGAAAAGUUCUUUUUUCAUAAUAAUUUUCUUGUUCAUGU